AAGCGAGUGUCAGAGCUGAGCUGGUUGGGUUGCAGGGCAGAUCCCCUGGGAGCUGCUCUGUCCUAAUCAGCUGUUUUUGCCUCCUUAAAGCCACUUUAACACCUUUAGGCUUUAAGCCUUUACCAUCGAAUUGCUUCGGCGCAUCCUCGCUCGGCUCCAUAUCUGAGCUGCAGCAUGGGUGACCGAAUGCGAAAAAUAUUUACCAACUUUUUUAAACUUAAAAAUAAGGAACCUAAAAGCAGAAGUGUCUUUUCUAUUCCUCUGCAAAAGACAGAGACAGACAUCUCAUCUGCUUCGAACCUGAAAGCUGAAAAACCUGCAGAAGCAAGCGCGAAGAAAGGAAUACUUCGACGCCUCUGCAAAUCAAUUAGGAACCUCUGUCAAUGUAAAAAGAAGAAAUGUUCAGAAAUUGUGCAGGAAGUAAGCAACACAGAGAUGAUCCUCGAGGAAAAGGAGCUACUGAAGGAGAAACCAAUUGAGAUCCUUACAGAGUCUCCAAGUAUUCCUCGUGAUCCUUCCUCAGAUUUUGGAAAUACUUUGAUUCCAAAGAGAGAGAAGGAUGAUGAAGAGAUGCCGCAGAAUGUUGAAGUGAUUCCUGACGGGGAGGAUAUUGCUCAGAAUGUUCCCGCAAAGGAUGAGAAAUCUGCGAGCUUAUAUUUAAGCUGUGUGGAACCACUGAAUUACUACACUGAUCCAAGUUCUCAUUAUGCUAGUGCAAGUGAUCACUAUACUGAUCCGCAUUCCGAGUUCACUGCUCCAAGUUCCAAAUAUACUGAUGCAAGUGAUUACUUCUCUGAUAAGAGUUUAUCUCCUUCUAAGCUGGAACUGGCUAGAAAUUGUUACUGUGAAAUAAUCAGAGAGAUUGAUAGGGCACUAAACCACGUAAAGGUGGACGCAAGGAAUCAGACAACUAUGGCUGAUUUCAAACUACAAUGUGAACUGGGUGCUGGUGCUUUUGGCCAGGUAUAUCGGGCACAACACAGAGAAACCAGGAGAAUUGUAGCCAUCAAGACUCAACCAAAGGCUGCAGUCAAAACUAUAUUUAAAUAUAGAAGCAUUCUUCUGGAGCAGCGCAUCCUUCUUAUGGCAAAGCAAAAGCAGAAUCCUUUUGUUGUCGGUUUAUUCUCCUCCUUCAUAACCAGACAACAUAUCUGCUUCGCUAUGGAUUACGCUGAGGGAGGGGACUUGGAGUCCCAACUGAAACAAGGUGCCAUAUCGCUGGAGAGAACUACGUUCUUCUCCUCCUGCAUUGUCCUCGGGCUGAAGUUCCUACAUGAAACAAGAUUGUUCAUAGAUUUAAAGCCAGAAAACAUCCUUCUGGAUGGCCGAGGAUAUGCCAAAAUAGCAGACUUUGGUCUUAGCAUAGAAGGAAUUGGCUACAGGGACGAGAUCUGGGGCAACUGUGGAACUGUACCAUAUAAGGCUCCAGAAAUUUUCACUGAGUUAAACUACACCAGAUCGGUGGACUGGUGGGCUCUUGGAGUGAUCCUGUACAGAAUGGCUAUUGGCGAGUUUCCUUUCGACGAAACAGACAAGCAGCUCCUGACGGCCCAAAUUAUACAUACAGAGCCGAAAAUUCCUCCAGAUCUGCUUUUAAGUGUCAAGGUCACAUUACAAGGGCUGCUGAAAAAAGAUGCCAAACUUCGCCUCGGGUCACAUAAAAGAAGACGCUAA